AGCGGGGGCUGUGAGGGGCCAGCAGCUCCUCACAGAGCUGCUCAGUGCCCUGGUCCCUGCCAGACCUGCUUCCAUAGCCUCCAGGGAGCCUCUGCCACCACUGCUAACACCUCUACCACCACCUGGCUUCUCAGAGCAGGCUGCAGUUGCCAUCGGCUAUCCCCAGGAGGGCAGAGUUGGGGCAGGGCCUUCGCCACUUUUGUGCUUUGAUCAAGAUGUGUCAACCUCUUUUCCUGGGCCCCACAGGCCCUAUAAAGGGAAGCUGGUUCUAGUGGGACCAAAUCAGCUGCCUCUCCAGUGCCAGGAGCCCGCUGGAAAGAGUUAGUCCUCUCACUUCUGGAGAAGAUGCAGACACAGGAGAUCCUGAAGAUGCUGCGGCUGCCUGAGCUUGGUGAUUUGGGCCAGUUUUUCCGCAGCCUUUCAGCCACCACCCUCGUGAGUGUGGGUGCACUGGCCGCCAUCCUUGCCUACUGGUUUGCUCACCGUCCAAAGGCCUUGCAACCACCUUGCAACCUCUUGAUGCAGUCAGAAGAAGUAGAGGACAGUGGCGGGGCCCGGCGAUCUGUGAUUGGGGGUGGCCCUCAACUCCUUACCCACUACUACGAUGAUGCCCGGACCAUGUACCAGGUGUUCCGCCGUGGGCUUAGCAUCUCAGGGAAUGGGCCCUGUCUUGGCUUCAGGAAGCCCAAGCAGCCUUACCAGUGGCUGUCCUACCAGGAGGUGGCCGACAGGGCUGAAUUUCUGGGGUCCGGACUUCUCCAGCACAAUUGUAAAGCAUGUACGGAUCAGUUUAUUGGUGUUUUUGCACAAAAUCGGCCAGAGUGGAUCAUUGCAGAGCUGGCCUGUUACACGUAUUCCAUGGUGGUGGUCCCGCUGUAUGACACCCUGGGCCCUGGGGCUAUCCGCUACAUCAUCAAUACAGCGGACAUCAGCACCGUGAUCGUGGAUAAACCUCAGAAGGCUGUGCUUCUGCUAGAGCACAUGGAGAGGAAGGAGACUCCAGGGCUCAAGCUGAUCAUCCUCAUGGAACCGUUCGAGGAAGCCCUGAAAGAGAGAGGGCAGAAGUGCGGGGUGGUCAUUAAGUCCAUGCAGGCUGUGGAGGACUGUGGCCAAGAAAAUCACCAUGUUCCUGUGCCCCCGGAGCCUGAUGACCUCUCCAUUGUGUGUUUCACAAGUGGCACAACAGGGAACCCCAAAGGUGCCAUGCUCACCCAUGGGAACGUGGUGGCUGAUUUCUCAGGCUUUCUAAAAGUGACAGAGAGUCAGUGGGCUCCCACUUGUGCGGAUGUGCACAUUUCCUAUUUGCCUUUAGCACACAUGUUUGAGCGAAUGGUGCAGUCUGUCGUCUAUUGCCAUGGAGGGCGUGUUGGCUUCUUCCAGGGAGAUAUCCGCCUCCUCUCGGAUGACAUGAAGGCUCUAUGCCCCACCAUCUUCCCUGUGGUCCCACGACUGCUGAACCGAAUGUACGACAAGAUCUUCAGCCAUGCAGAUACACCAUUAAAGCACUGGCUCCUGGAGUUUGCAGCAAAACGUAAGCAGGCUGAGGUCCGGAGUGGAAUUAUCAGGAAUGAUAGUAUCUGGGAUGAACUCUUCUUUAAUAAAAUUCAGGCCAGUCUUGGAGGGUGUGUACGGAUGAUUGUUACUGGAGCUGCCCCUGCAUCACCCACAGUCCUAGGAUUCCUCCGGGCAGCUCUUGGGUGCCAGGUUUAUGAAGGUUACGGCCAAACUGAGUGCACGGCUGGAUGUACCUUCACCACGCCUGGGGACUGGACCUCAGGGCACGUAGGGGCGCCUCUGCCCUGCAAUCAUAUCAAGCUCGUUGAUGUCGAGGAACUGAACUAUUGGACCUGCAAAGGAGAGGGAGAGAUAUGUGUGAGAGGACCAAAUGUGUUCAAAGGCUACUUGAAAGAUCAGGACAGGACAAAAGAGGCCCUGGACUGCGAAGGCUGGCUUCACACUGGAGACAUCGGGAAAUGGCUGCCGGCAGGAACUCUUAAAAUUAUUGAUCGGAAAAAGCACAUAUUUAAACUUGCUCAGGGAGAAUAUGUUGCACCUGAGAAGAUUGAGAACAUCUACAUCCGGAGCCAGCCUGUGGCGCAAAUCUACGUCCAUGGGGACAGCUUAAAGGCCUUUUUGGUGGGCAUUGUUGUGCCUGACCCUGAAGUCAUGCCCUCCUGGGCCCAGAAGAGAGGAAUUGAAGGGACAUAUGCAGAGCUCUGCACUAGUAAGGAGCUGAAGAAAGCCAUUUUGGAAGAUAUGGUGAGAUUAGGAAAAGAGAGCGGACUCCAUUCUUUUGAACAGGUUAAAGCCAUUCACAUCCAUUCUGAAAUGUUCUCAGUUCAAAAUGGCUUGCUGACACCAACACUAAAGGCUAAGAGACCUGAGCUGAGAGAGUACUUCAAAAAACAAAUAGAAGAGCUUUACUCAAUCUCCAUGUGAAGUUCAAGGAAAGUUCUUCUCAGUAUGAUGGACUGUGUAGCAAUAUUAUAAUUAUUCUUGAAAGUAAAGAAUCAAAAUGACACAGCUGAAAAUGAAUAAGCACCUGAUUUUAUGACUGAGGCUUUUCCUGUCCCAAGAGAUCUUUAACAAUAUUUUCUCUAUCAUCACCAAGUACACUUUAUUUUUAUUAAAAUGUAGUGAGCUGCUAAAAAUAUCACAAAUGGCAAUGUAAAAGAUCAAGACAUUUUCUCAAGAACUGUGUACCACUAAAAGUAAUAUAUGCUCAAUGUUCACAGAACUAUUAAACAUAAGGAAAAGCAUAACUGAUAUAUUGUACUUAAUUAUUUGUGGAAUAGUAACCAGAUGCAGCGAAUAUCUAGGCAAUGUGGACUACCUCAUUCAAUAAUCAAUUGUCAAAAUCACAAUUAAAUCAGACUUAAAAAACUAAAACUAGGUGUACAGAAUCAUGCUAAAACAAAACAUAACACAUUCUACAUAACUUCACAUUCUUUAAACAUGACAAUCCUUAUUGAUGUGAAAAAGGUUUUCUUUCUGAUUUUUACUUUUUUUCAUGAAAAAUGCAAAUUCAGAUAUUCUUAAAUGCUAUAUUUAUAUAACUCACAAAGAUCUUUCAAUACAUUUCUCAUUUAUUAAGAUCAUUAAACUAUUCAGGAACUACCUAGAAAAAGUGUAAUGUAAAAUUAUUCAAGGAUAUGCAUAUAUUCAUGGACUUGCCAUAAGGAAUUACAAAAGAUGUCAUUGACUCUAAAAUGAAUGGACCCUGGUGGGAAGACUUGGAAGAAGAAACUCAGAGUUAUUUCUCAGGGUGGGCAGCAAUUAAUGUACCUAUGUUCCUCGCUGAGGUCGUCCAGUCUUUCAUUCUCACUAUGUCCAUGCCAGGCCUGAGAAUCUCAAUAUGGCAGUACUUCUGAACAACUUCACUUUCUUUCAGUAAGACUAUCCAGGCAGGAUGGGGGAAGAAGGAUGUUAUUUCCAAAGAAAAUAAUUUUUCAACAACAUAAUUUUGAAGACCCUCUUCAAAAUGUCCCUAGAAAACUUUAUAAGUCAAUCAUAGAGAAAUAUCUCCUAAUGGCAUGAUUUCAUUCCUAAAAUCUUUAAAUGCUCCUAAGUUUAACCAUGAAAACCUCCUUUCUUGCAUUAUGUAUUUAGACACGCUCUGUACAUGGGUGCCAACAAUUUCAUAUAAUUAAAGCCCAGUUACUAUGGACAGCAAUCAAGUUCCAAGCUAUGGACUGUGCAUCUGGAGAAAGCAUGGUCCCUAGGAAAGUUUUUCUUCUGUAGAGACAGGACUCUGAAAGCAUAUGAACAAUUCAUAUGAAAUUCAUGUGUUAAUUCAAAAUAUAUGUGCUCAUUGUUCACAGUCCAGAAGCUCCUUUCUCCUGAAAGAAGGUCCAAACUGUUUGUAAAUAAAUACUGUCAGUUAAAAA